UGCGAGAGCAUGGGGUUGUAUGCCACCGCGGCGGCGGUGCUGGCCGGCGUGGAGCAACGCCAGGGCUCCCUCAAGAGCCUGGUGUAUUCCAGCAGCUUCCAGAACGUGAAACAGUUGUACGCGCUGGUGUGCGAGACGCAGCGCUACUCGGCCGUGCUGGACGCGGUGAUCGCCAGCGCCGGGCUCCUUCGAGCCGAGAAGAAGCUGCGGCCGCACCUGGCCAAGGUGUUAGUGUAUGAAUUGCUGCUAGGGAAGGGUUUCCGAGGGGGUGGAGGCCGAUGGAAGGCCCUGCUGGGCCGCCAUCAGGCAAGGCUCAAGGCCGAGUUGGCCAGGCUCAAGGUUCAUCGAGGUGUGAGCCGAAAUGAGGACCUGUUGGAAGAGAAAUCCAGACCUGGCCAAGCCUGCCAGGUGCCUCGGUUCGUGCGUGUGAACACGCUCAAGACCUGCCCUGAGGAUGCGAUCGAUUAUUUCAAGAGACAAGGUUUCUCCUACCAGGGCCGGGCUUCCAGCCUGGAGGACUUGCGAACUCUCAAGGGGCAACAUUUUCUUUUGGACCCCUUGUUGCCUGAGCUUCUUGUGUUUCCUGCACAGACAGAUAUGCAUGAGCAUCCGCUCUACCAUGCUGGACAUCUCAUCCUGCAGGAUAAGGCCAGCUGUCUCCCAGCCAUGCUGCUAUCACCUCCACCAGGCUCCCAUGUCAUUGAUGCCUGUGCUGCCCCUGGCAACAAGACCAGUUACGUUGCAGCCCUUUUGAAGAAUCAGGGGAAGAUCUUUGCUUUCGACCAGGAUGCUAAGCGGCUGGCGGCCAUGGCUACCUUGUUGGCUCGGGCUGGGGUCUCUUGCUGCGAGAUAGCAGAGAAGGACUUCCUGACAGUUUCUCCCUCUGACCAGCGUUACAGCCAGGUCCAGUACAUCUUGCUGGAUCCUUCCUGUAGUGGUUCUGGUAUGCUGAGCCGGCAGCUGGAGGAACAGGGAGGGGCCACACCUAGCAAGGAGCGCCUGCAGGCCUUGGCAGGGUUCCAGCAGCGGGCUCUGUGCCACGCACUCACCUUCCCCUCUCUGCAGCGCCUAGUCUACUCCACAUGUUCCCUUUCCCAAGAAGAGAAUGAAGACGUGGUCCAAGAGGCUCUACAGCAGAACCUGGGGACCUUCAGAUUGGCUCCUGUCCUACCGGACUGGCCUCACCGAGGUCUGAGUACCUUUCCAGGGUCUGAACACUGCCUCCGGGCUUCCCCAGAGACCACGCUCACUGGUGGCUUCUUCAUUGCUGUGUUUGAACGGGGAGAUGUAGUGCCAAGCCCAGUCCCACAGGCCAAAGCAGCAGCCCCAGAACCUCUCAGCCAAGCACCAAAGAGAAAGAGAAGAUGCAAAGUAGCAGCUGGUGCCAGCACGCAGCCAGGCACAUAGUGCUGUGAGCCCUCCAGCGAACAAAACCAUCCUCACCAUGGAAACCCUGCCCCUCUGGGAAAGGGAGAUGAUGUCCUAGCACUGUGGGUCUCUCCUGGACACAGUUCUACCAGUCAAGAGUUCUUUGUGUCACAAAUAAAGAGCAGACUCAGAUCUA